AUGAUUCAAGGACUAGUGCAGUGGCAGCGGGACGACCCGCCGCCGCAGCUCCCGCCGGCGUCGUCCGUGGAGCUGCACUUCCUCUUGAACGACGACGUGGACAGCGGCGGCCGGCCGGCGGACGACGCCUGCGAUAGGUUCGUGAUCUGGAACCCCGACGACGUCAUCGACGGCUGCAGGCUGUCCGUUCCCCCCGCCGUCAGAGACGACACGAACGAAGCCGCCGGCGACGCGAAGCUGAUGGUUGUGGACGUCUCCCUCCGCUCGAUCUGCCCUCGGCGGCAGCCGCUGCGCCUGCGCCUGCACCGGCGCCGGGCAGUGAGUCCUGGAGCCGUGGCCGCUCUCUUCGGUUUUCACGGCCGGGGCCGAUGGACCGGGCGGUUCGGCAACCGGAACCGGGUUCGAGACCGGUCCUCGGCGGAACCGGGCGUGGCCGGCGCGCGGGGUCCGGUCGAGGAGGGAGAUGAAUUUCUUGAACUCGCAGACAGCGGCGUCGGCAGCUGCCCGGUAGUCUCCGGCGGCGAUCUGGUUGGUGGCUGCCGGAGAAAACAGUCUGAUGAGUUUCUCGACGCUCCUCAGGCCGGCGGCCCCCGCCUCACGGGCGUCGGUCACUUCCAUUUUAGACGCCAAGCAUCAACUCGACCGCCAUUAGAGAGAGAAAGAGGAGGAGAAAAUUUGAGAGAUGAUAAGAGGGAGAGUCAAAAACAUAUAUGUAUUGUGCACUUUCUCUCUCUGACCGGCUCACCGUCAAACAAGAGGGCCAAUGAUAUUGAUGCACGUGGCAUUCAGAGCAUUGACCGAGGUUUAAAAUUAGAGGUGGUGGGGACCAGCGAGCAGGUGGGUGGAAUUGACGUUGGGAAAUAG